UUAAAAGCUAAUAUAAAAGUAAAUAAAAAAUAAUCUUUCGGUAUCGGUCGAUCAAUCGCUCGAUAAUCACGUUUAGACAUACGAUGGCUAUAUUUCCGAAGUGGACUGCAAAAAAUGCUGUCAAAACGAGCGAUAAACCCUUGUAAUAUAACACUAGAACGGCGGUAGCAGUUAAAUGAAAUAUGACUAAUGAAUAAAUAAUAAGUUUUUUAUUUAUUUUUAAUUUACAGAUAAAAAAUUUUUUAUGCGCGGUAAAAUUAACCGACUACCGGCAUUCUACAUCAAAAAAGCCAUUUUAAAAUGAUUACGUUUCAUUUUCGCUUCGCGAAACUUCCAAGAUUGCCUUUAUCGCGCUUCUAAGGAAGAGAUGAUAAGUGAUCGCGUAUCAGUUUGAUAGUCGCCCGGUAUCAUGGUAUCGGAAAUAACUAGUGCACAACGGCACGAAAUAGUUAGGUGAGAAGACCGAUCGUUUCGUUCCAAUGGAACUAUCGCCCGUAAAUUUAUUAUUAUCGCAUUGACGAAACACUGAACGUAAGUUGCGAACGUGUUCAUAAAGUGAGGAUAUUCAAAAGAGAAAGAAAGAAUAGUGUGUCACAGUGAAACAUGCAACUAACAUGGGCCAACAUGACGUCCAGCGGCCGCCAGAGGCUGCGCACGCUUGCGGAAAUUUUGCUGCCUUUGGGGAUCGUCUGUGCCUUCGUCGGCGUAGGCACCGGGGGAUAUUACAUCGGAUCGCAGUAUCAUUGUCUUCCAUGCGAUAUCUAUCCCAAAUCGAACGACUUGAAAUCGAGAGAUAAACUUCCGGCAGAUUCGGUGGACGACAAAUAUAUACUGGCAGACACUGAUAGGAUAAACUCCUCGGACAAAGCGAAAUGUCUGCGGCAACUUAUGGACGUCAUCACAGUCGAACUCGUUUCGCGGACUAGCUGCAUACCUGAAAUGCAACAUGUGGACCUGAAUGUGGACAAAGAUCCUUCAAUCGUCGUGUUUCCGCCCUGUGCGAGAAUCAAAAGAUGCGGCGGUUGUUGCAGCAGCUCUCUGUUGUCUUGUCAACCGACGGCUACAAAGAUAAGAAACUUCGAGGUGAGCGUGUCGACGUUGAAAGGGGGGAUCCGUCGAAACGUGUCUCUAGAGGAGCACGUUACGUGUAGAUGCGACUGCAAACUCAAGGAAAAGGAUUGCAACGAGAAGCAAAAGUACGAUCCGGACAACUGUAUGUGCGUGUGUGAAAAUACCGACGAGGAGGACAAGUGCAGGCAAAACAAAGACAUGAGGAUCUGGAAUCCGCAUCUAUGCGUUUGCUCAUGCAAGAAGUUCGAAGAAUGCAACUCCGACCAAUACUUCGACACCAAAAUAUGCAGAUGUCGGCCGAAAAAAAGCAGCUUCUAGGCUGCUAAACAUAUUCGCAACCACGAAAAGUUCGAAUACGUUCGAAUACAAGUUUGAUAACGCCCGACACUCGAAAAUAUAUCAUAAUCUCUUUGAAUCGAGUCCAGAAGAAAACACAAGGAGAAUCCGGAGUACAAGUGACACAGGAAUUUAGACACGGAAUAUGGGACAUUAUAAGACUGCUAAGACACAUUUAUGUUGUUAGUCCCUACCAUCAGAGUUGGGCGAGAUCAAUUUUGA